GGGAGGCGUGCAAGGAUAAGACAGCGACGGAGCGCACCAAGGAUUGGUGGGAAACGGCGCAGUUCUAUCAGAUCUAUCCGCGCUCCUUCAUGGACUCGGAUGGCGACGGCAUCGGUGAUCUGAAUGGCAUCACGAGCAAGCUGGAGUACCUCAAGGAUCUGGGCGUGACAGCUGCCUGGCUGUCGCCCAUUUUCAAGUCUCCCAUGGUGGACUUUGGCUACGACAUCUCCGACUUCUUCGACAUACAGCCAGAGUACGGCACAAUGGAAGACUUUCGUGCGCUCAUCAAGAAAGCCAAAGAAUUAGAUCUGAAAAUCAUCCUGGACUUUGUGCCCAAUCACUCCAGCGAUGAGAACGAGUGGUUCAAGAAGUCCGUGAAGCGGGAGAAGGGCUACGAGGACUACUACGUGUGGCACGAUGGGAAAAUAAAUGCGGACACUGGCAAGCGGGAGCCUCCCUCCAAUUGGCUGCAGGCAUUCAGAGGCAGCGCCUGGGAGUGGGUGGAGGAGCGCCAGCAGUACUACCUGCAUCAGUUUGCCGUGCAGCAGGCGGACCUCAACUAUCGCAAUCCGGAUGUGGUGGAGCAGAUGAAGCGCGUGCUGCGCUACUGGCUGAACGAGGGCGUCGCUGGCUUCAGGUGCGACGCGGUGCCAGUGCUCUUCGAGGUGGAGGUCGACGAGAAUGGCCAGUAUCCGGACGAGGCAGUGAGUGGGCUGACGGAUGACAAGGAUAAUCGCAACUAUCUGAAGAACGAGCUAAUCGAGAACAGACCCGAGACAAUCGACAUGGCCUAUCAGUGGCGCACGGUGAUGGACGAUCACCAACGCAUUUACGGCGGAGACACGCGGGUGCUUCUGAUUGAGACCUACGCUCCGCCCGCCUACACGAUGCAGUUCUAUGGCAAUCGGUCCGUGGAGGGUGCCCAUCUGCCCUUCAACUUCAAUCUGAUUACGGUGCCGGCGAGUGACGGCGUCUCGGCGAGCUCCAUCAAGAAGGCCGUGGAUAAUUGGCUGUUGUCAAUGCCCGCCGGACGCACACCCAACUGGGUGAUUGGCAAUCACGACCAGCGCCGCGCGGCCAGUCGCUAUGGCGCCGCCAACACGGACGCCAUGAACAUGCUGGUCAUGAUUCUGCCCGGUGCGAGUGUCACCUACCAGGGCGAGGAGCUGGGCAUGACAGACGGCUGGAUUAGCUGGGAUGACACCCAAGAUCCGGCUGCAUGCAACUCCGACAAAGACAGCUACGAACAGUUCACUCGUGAUCCCUCGCGUACUCCUUUCCAGUGGACGAGCGGCACCAAUGCCGGCUUCUCCACGGGCCCCAAGACAUGGCUGCCCCUUGCCGAGGACUACGAGACCCAAAACGUUGAGGUCGAAACAGCAGCCACGCGCUCCCAUCUCAAGAUCUACAAAUCGUUGGUCGCCUUGCGUAAGAGCUCGAAGACCCUGCAAAAUGGAUCUACCAAAUAUGCAGUACUUAAUGAGAACGCGUUUGUGGUCAAGCGGUGAGUGGAAAGUGUGUCA